CAGACGAAAAAACAAUAGGUCAGAGCUUCGACAUUGAGUGCUUUGUGUGUUCGCAUAAUAAAUUUAUAAGUUUAUCAAAUAUUGCCAUUUCAAAAUGUUGGCGCGAUCUAUAUUUUUAACUGGAUGCAGCCGUGGGUUGGGCUUAGAACUUGUGAAACAACUUGUGCCAUAUACGGAUACCUUGAUUGCAACGUGUAGAAACCCAGAAAAUGCCGUAGAACUACAAGAAUUGGCAGAGGAACAUAGCAAUCUUAAGAUCCUUCCAGUUGAUGUAUUGAGGCACGAAACUUUUGAUGACAUUGCAGAAGAAGUAUCUUCAAUUGUUGGGGAAAAUGGACUAAAUUUACUUAUAAAUAAUGCUGGAAUAUCUCCAAGAUCAACGCGAAUUAAUUUUGUGACAGCAACAGCCAUGGCAGAGACUUUUGCUGUCAAUACAACAUCACCAUUAAUGUUGGCAAAGGCUUUCUUGCCAUUAUUGAAAGCAGGUGCUGCAGCUGCUAUUGAUGAUGAAAGUGAAUACUGCAUAAAGAACUCUGCAAUUGUCAACAUGAGCUCAGUGCUUGGGAGCAUCAGUUCAAAUACAGGAGAUCGUUCCGGAGGUCUUUAUCCUUACAGGUGUAGCAAGGCAGCUCUCAAUAUGGUGACCAGAUCUUUAAGCAGUGAUUUGAAUCCAUUCAACAUUACAGUUAUAAGCAUUCAUCCAGGAUGGGUAAGGACAGAUAUGGGUGGACCCAAUGCGCCGUUAUCGGCACCUGAAAGCGUAGAAAGCAUGAUUUCCACCUUGAAAGAACUCACUUUUGACAAGUCAGGUCUUUUUUUUAACCAAAAUGGUGAAGAAAUUCCCUGGUAAAAUUUAAGGAUGGGUUUGUCUGUUCUAGUUUGUUAUUCAGAUAACUAAAUUUAAAAAAAAUAAACUUUGAUUCCAAAGCAUGAGUAUCUGUA